AUGGACGCCGACCGCAUCCCUGAUGGAGCCUCCGUGGGACAUGACUUUGACAUCCUGGCCCGAGUCUUGGGAUCGAACGCGGGUGGCUGGAACCGAAUCACCUCGAUUUCCACUAAUGUUGCCGGCGCCAACGUCACACGAGACGAAUUCAAUGUGCAUCAGGUCGAGAUUGCUUCACUUGGUGUACCCAGCGGGAGCGGUGUCGAGUUUCGGAUUCGGUACCUUGCUCGCCAAGUCGAUUCGGCAGCCAUUCGCCCAGCUUCACUAGGCAGCCGGGUGACAAUUGAAGAUGGCUUGAUUCAGUUCACCAUCGAACGCGCACAAGAUUUCAUGUUGGAGAUCAACGAGGACAAGUGGCAAGCCCUUCACGUGCUGAUGAACGAAACCAGCGGCGCAGAGCCGAUCGGAGAUAAUCAAGUACUUUGGUACUUCGGCACAGGCGUCAACAAUGGCGAGGCUUUCGCGCAAGUCACUGACGGCCAGCUUGUUGUUCCGUCAGACACGGUCGUCUAUCUCGCAGAAGGAGCUUUUCUGACUGCCCAAGUAGUGUUCUCCGGUGUUGCAAACGCGAGCCUCCAAGGUCCAGGUUUCAUCUACAGACCGGGAACCGCAUACACGCCUUCCGCGUCUCAGAGGCCCCGAGAGCUCGACGGCGGAGCAAUUCUCAUCGAGCGUUCUGAGAAGAUCAGUGUGACAGGUGUCACCUCUCUGCGCUCGUUUGGAUUCAGUCUGCCGGUCAUCGAAGGACACAAGAUCCACAUAGAUCGAUUCCGCUCAUUCUCUGGUUACGGCAACGGCGAUGGGAUAGACCUUUUCUGCUGUAAGGACGUCCUCGUCGAGAAUUGUUUCCUGCGCAACUCGGACGACACUAUCGCCAUCUACGGCCAUCGCUGGGGAUAUUACGGCGAUACGACAAACAUCAAAAUCAGACGGUGUACGCUGUUGCCAGACAUUGCCCAUCCGAUCCAGAUCGGAACUCACGGCAACUCGGAAAAGCCCGAAAGAUUCAGCAAGAUACACGUGAGCGACAUUGACAUCCUGGACCACGAGGAAAACCAGAUGUGGUAUCAAGGGUGCCUUUCGCUCAACGCUGGUGACGAGAAUGCGAUCGAAGGGGUCAUCAUCGAGAACGUGCGGGUCGAAAAGAUCACAAAGGGCCAGCUUUUCAACAUUCGAGUCAUGCAGAAUGCCAUGUGGACGACGGCGCCUGGCCGAGGCAUCAGGAACAUUGUCUUACGCAACAUCCAACUAGACACAUCGAGAUCAGAGAAGAUAUACCCGUCGCAAAUCAUUGGAUAUGAUGCAAGAAGGCGAAUAGAUAACGUCACGAUCGAGAACCUCAAGAUCGAUGGACAACACAUUCACGACGGCAUGGCAAAGCCGAAGUGGUACAUGGUCGCAGACUACGUUCCCAUGUUCGUCAACGAGCACGUGGGAAAUCUUGUUUUCAAGUAG